AAGAAUCUCCGAAAGAGCUUCAACCCGAACAACUCUCGCGCGCCGCUGUGAUCCAUUGGGAGCUGGCCCAGUCCAGCAUCGCCUCCCAACCAUGUCCGCCGCUCUCCUCCGAUCGCGCUCCGCCGUCUCCGGCGCCCGAGCCGCUCCCGCCGUGCGCCCGGCCCUGCCCCGGACCCCCGUCGUCCAGCGCCGUUACAACUCAUCCUCGUCAUCGACCGGCGACGGAGGCGCCCAGAUCAAGUACGCCCUGUAUGGCACCGCCGUGGCCGCCGGCCUCUAUGCCUCGUUCCUCUAUGCGACCGAUACCCGCGCCUUCUUCCACCGCUGGGUCGUGCCCCCGGUGCUACGAUACGUCUACCCUGAUGCCGAGGAUGCCCACCACGUUGGCACCUGCGCGCUGAAAGUGCUCCACGACCUCAACCUGCACCCCCGCGAACGCGAUACCACCCUCAACUGCCCCGAGUUGUCCGUUUCCGUCUUUGGAACCGAUCUUCACAACCCAAUUGGCAUCUCUGCCGGCCUCGACAAGGAUGCCGACAUCCCUGAUGCGCUGUUUGAAUUGGGCGCUGGUGUUGUCGAGGUUGGUGGCUGCACGCCCUUCCCCCAGGCCGGCAACCCGAAGCCUCGCGUGUUCCGAGUGCCCAAGCUCGACGGAAUGGUCAACCGAUACGGCCUAAACUCCCGUGGCGCUGACGACAUGGCCAUCCGAUUGCGAGACCGGCUCCGAAGAUACGCACGAUCCCUUGGCCUGACCGAGACCGACGUCCUGAACGGUGAGGCCAACGUGCCGCCAGGCAGUUUGCGGCCCGGCCGCCUACUCGCGGUUCAGAUUGCCAAGAACAAAGAGACGGACGAAAAGGACGAGAAGGCUGUGGCUCAGGACUACGUCUACUGCGUCCGACGGCUAGCACGGUAUGCCGAUGUGCUGGUCGUCAACGUCAGCAGUCCCAACACCCCCGGUCUUCGCGAGCUGCAGGCAACAGAGCCCCUUACCCGAUUGUUGAGUGCCGUUGUCGAAGAGGCUGCCAAGACGGACCGAAAGAACCGCCCCAAGGUCAUGGUCAAGGUCUCCCCUGACGAGGAUGAGGAUACCCAGCUGGAGGGUAUCGUCCAGGCUGUUCACAUGAGCGGUGUUGACGGAGUCAUCGUGGGUAACACCACCAAGCGAAGAACCGGCGUGAUCCCCGAAGGGAUCAAGCUCACUUCCCAAGAGAAUGUCAACUUCCAGGAGACUGGUGGAUACUCUGGCCCCGCCAUGUACAGCAGGACACUCGACCUUGUGGGACGAUACCGCAAGAUGCUCGACAACUACUCUUUCGAGGCAAACAAAACCGCCGCCCCUGGCGCGCAAAAGGUCAUCUUCGCCACGGGAGGCAUCACCAAUGGCGAGGAGGCGCAGAAGAUCCUCAACGCUGGCGCCAGUGUGGCCAUGGUGUAUACGGGGAUGGUGUACGGUGGCGCAGGAACUGUGACGAGGAUCAAGCGCGAGUUGAAGGACAAGUCGUAGACACUAUUAGACCAGUCAUAGCACAUUUAACGUUUCUUUGUUGGGAUUAUUGGCGAGUACAUGGGUCGUGUGGUUUUCUUGUGCAAUGUGGCCAUCACUUUUAAAAGCAAAAGUUCCUUCUAAUUGUUAGAGAGCGACACAGCUGAAGGCAGAAAGAAGGGUUUUAUAAAAUUGAUGUUGAUUCUAUCUAAAAUCCAACCAAACUUAAACAACUGAAAGAAUCUUC